GGCCAUACAAUCGCGGUUAAGAAAAAUCUCGCCACAUUAGCCGAAAAACCUGCCGCAUAAAUAAGGAUUAUACCGGCAGAACGUCAUUGGGGCAGAGAGUGAUUGGAUACACAUGUGUUAGCGGGCCCUCCAUCAACAAUAUGUUUGACAACAAGUUCCGGCAUUGGAAUUGAAUUUAAUAAAAUAAAUUAAGCCACUAGGCGGAGUGGGUCAAAAGCGCACAGUUUGAAUUGUUAAUGAGCAACGACAAAAAGUGUUAAAUGCUGAUGACGCUGCCAGCAUUUUUGCUGCCUCUGUCGACGUCGCUGUCGCUGAUUCAACAGUGCUGAAAAGUCAAUUAAAGGCGAAUGCCGGAGUCUGGACUGGGAAGCCAUUGGCGAACUUGGCCAGAACGUAGUUAACGUGGAAAAGGAGAGCAGCAGAACGAAGCGACGAGUGCAAAAAGUGCAGAAGACAGCGAGCGUGUAAUGAGCAGACGACGGGCAAUUACCAUGUCGUUGGCCCACCAUCUUGGCCAGGCUCUUGGCCUAUUCGUGGUCCUGGCCAUUCUGCAAGUGGCCCAGGGAUUGGCCAACUGCCCGAAUGGCUGCGAAUGCGACGACGACACCCUGAUGGUUAAAUGCGGUGAGGGCACAUUGGACGUCCUGCCCAUCGCCCUCAAUCCCGCCAUCCAGCGACUGGUGAUCAAGAACAACAAGCUGAAGACCAUCGACUCAUCCAUGCAGUUCUAUGCGCAGUUAACCUUUUUGGAUCUGUCAUUCAACGACAUGGUUACCAUACCGGAGCGAUCAUUUGGGUAUCAUGCUAAAUUGCAGGAACUGCACCUGGAUCACAACAAGAUUGGCCAGGUGUCGAAUAGAACCUUCCUGGGACUCUCCACCAUCAGUGUUUUGAAUCUGAGGGGCAACUUGAUUGCCGAACUGGAGUACCGCACUUUUUCGCCCAUGGGCAAGCUGGCGGAGCUGAAUCUUGGCCAGAAUCGCAUCAGUCACAUCGAUCCACAUGCCUUGGAUGGAUUGGUUAACCUAAGGGUUCUCUAUUUGGAUGAUAAUACCCUUACCACAGUGCCCGGGGAAAUAACCUUCCAGGCACUGCCCACCUUGGCGGAGCUUUACUUGGGCACCAACUCCUUCAUGACCAUUCCCGGCGGAGCCUUCGAGGAUCUCAAGGGACUGACCCGCUUGGAUCUGCGUGGAGCUGGCCUGCACAACAUCUCGGCAGAGGCCCUCAAAGGUCUGGAGGCUCUGCGCUACUUGGAUCUGUCGGAUAAUCGCCUGGCUGCGAUUCCCACGGCAGCACUCCAGAGAUUGGGACGCCUGGAACAGCUGAACAUUGGCCAGAACGACUUUGAGGUCAUCUCCACGGGGGCCUUUUCGGGUCUGCGGGAACUGAGGCACCUGGAGCUGACAGGUGCCCAGCGAUUGAGGCGCGUGGAGAGCGGUGCCUUCGGUGGAAACACCAACUUGGAGCACCUGAAUCUGUCCAGUAACAAGCACUUGAGUGAGCUACCCGCCAUCGCAUUGGGUGGCUUGCCCCAUUUGAGUACUGUGGUGCUGAAGGCCAAUCAAUUGAGCAGCCUGGACGAGGGUCUAGUGCCGUGGGCCGAUCUCCAGACUCUGGAUCUCUCGGAGAAUCCCUUCGAAUGCGAUUGCCGGCUGUUGUGGCUGCGUCAUCUGCUGGUCAGCCGGAAUGCGAGUGGUCAGUAUGGCCCGGUGGUGUGUGCCUAUCCCACUGCUCUGCGGGAUUUGCCCCUGGCCCAGUUGGCCGAGCCACUUUUGGGCUGUGCCCAUGGUGCGGCCAGCAAGCAGGCCAUCAUUGGCAUCCUGGUGGUGGCCUGUGCCGCUCUGAUUACGACCCUGGCCCUGGUGCUCUACACCUGUCGCCGCAGGAUUCGGGAGAUGCUGAAGGGCCACUCGGCGCUGGGAAGAAAGGAGCGUGAGUACCAGAAGACCUUCUCCGACGAGGAGUAUAUGGCCAGGCCGCCACCCGGCUGUGGAGGUGUUCAUCCGGCAGCAGGUGGAUAUCCCUAUAUGGGCGGAAGCAGUCGGCCGAUACCGGUCACCGAGCUAUAGCUAGAAGCACCACCCCCGCCUCAGUUGCGGGGUCGGGGUGGUGGUGGUGGUGGCGCCAGCACCGCCAGCGGGGCGGUGCAGCAACUGCAGGUGCCCAGUGCCGUGGACCAGGCCUCCAACUCCUUCGCCCAACUCAGCCACAUCCACUACAUGACGAACAAUGGCCAGCAGCAGCAGCAGCCGGCGACCUCGAAAAUGCACCACUCGCAGCAGGACAUGCGGCUGUUGGCCUGCAACGGUGGCAAGCCACUGAAUGCUACCUCGCUGCCGCGCCACCGAUCACCGGUGGUGCAGGAGAGCACCCUGUCGCACUACAGCCAGCCACUUGCCAACGGGAUCCGACUGACCCAGGACCACUUCAACCACAACCAGAAUCAGAACCAGAACCAGAGCCACCACAACCACCACUAUGGUGGGGUCUAUGCGAAGCCAUGCGAUGCGAUGUCUGAGCCGGGAUAUAUCCACAAUAAUUCACACUACUCGCUGCCGUUGGAUCAUGAUUUGCCACCCAGUCCCACGCCCACACCACCGCCCCCCGCCCUGCCGCUGCGGAAUGGAGUGGGCAUGGCCAUGAUCCAUGGCAACACCACCGGACGCAGAUCCUUCAACAACAACAACAACAAUGUGUCCACCCUCUCGAACAACAAUCAUCAUGGGGUUGGUGGCGUGGUGGGCGUGGCAGUCGGCGGUACAGUGGGCAACAACAACGGGAGCCUGAGGCGGUACCACUGAUAUCCGGCCAAGACGUGCGGCACUUUGGGCCGCACCAUCAUCAAAACCAGGCCGGAUCCGGAUAUUGAGCUGCAUUACUUCUACAAGGGUUAAGGAGGAAUUACAGGAGGAAGAGGGAAUCGAUCUAAUUUAAUCGGGCCAGCUUUGAUUUUCACUUUCGGAAAGAGUCGGCGGAAGUAAAAGUCACUUUGAAUCGUCUUAUCGGUGUAUGGUUUUUAAUUAAUUUGACAUAUUUAAACUUACUCCCGCCAAUUCUUACCAAAGACCGAAAAUCAGAGCAAUCCUGAAUAUUCAUAAUCUAGUUGUAUAUUCCUACGUUACGUGUAUUCAAGCGAAAGCAUUUUGUAUAAAUUAGGAUUUAGUUCGAGAGGUUGUUGAGAGGGAAAAGCGCAGGAAAAACCCAAGUGUAUAUAAGGAAAUCUUGCGCACAAUUUGGCUGGCAUUGUGGGUUGGUCAAGUUACUAGAAUACUGUCGACCAACCUGCUGCACGGCCAUUUCAUUUGCAUACAGUGAUCUUAAUUAUUAAGUUAUGCUUAAAAGCAUUUCUAUUAUUGUACAUAAUUAGAAGCUUCUUUAUAGGCGCAAAAGGCAAAAAUCAAUAAAAUUUCAAAACAACACAAAAAAAAAAAAACUAAGCAAACAAAUAAUUUUACUUUAUAAAAUAAAAAAUAAGCUAAGCGCUUAAGCACCAGUCAUUAAAACUAUGUAUGUAUUUAGCCUAACGCUUUCACAAAAAUAUUCCAACAAUAAAAGAAAAAGCCUAAAACAAAAUGGAAAUAAAUAUGCAAAAACUAAAAUAGAACACAACAGAUUUUUUAUAGUUAAUAGACUCAGUAAAGAAUAAACUACUCAUCGGAAUAAUAAACAAAGAAGAUGUUUACACAAUGUAAAAUGAGAAUAGCAAAAACUAUUGAAAACUUCGCAAUAUUCAUGUAGAAUCUACGCCGCAUUCACAAAUAUGAAUAAGCAAUUUAUGCAAUAUAAACAAAUACAAAGUAAAUCUAUAUAUACGAAUUAUACGUGUAAAUAAAAAAAGUAACUAUGCUCGAAAAAAAACAUA